AUGAAUCAUCCAUUAUCUGCCAUUAAUGAAAUAACUUUGAUGGAAAAUCUUAUUGAUACAAAAUUUAUUAAAUAUUCUGGUAAAGGCGAUGCCAAGGCUUGGUUAUUACAAACAAUGAAUCAAUUUAAACAAUAUGGAUUACGUCGUCUUGAACAAUUUCAAGCUAUACCAUUUUUAUUAGAAGAUACAGCAUAUUCAUGGUAUACUCAGAAUAAACAGUUAAUUAUUAAUUUUGAAAGAUUUGCCAACUUAUUCCUUAAACAAUACUCAUCUACAUCAUCAACAAUACAAAAUAAUAUUCCUGUAGAGACGGUUGCACCGUCAAUUAUUGCUCCAAAUUUUUUACCUACAUCACAUUUACAGCAGACGAUCGUCGAUGAAAUUAUUAAAAAACCAACAUAUUUUCGUGGCUCAAAAGAUGAUGUUCACGAUUGGUUAGGAAAAUUAGAACAACGUUUUAAAAUGGCAAAAUGGAAUGAUGAAGAGAAAUUACAAUAUAUUUCAAUACAUUUACAAGAUGAUGCAUAUCGAUGGUGGACACAAACAUCUACGACGAUUAAAUCAUGGUCAUUAUUUACUGAAGCUGUUACAAAGGCUUUUGGAUCAACAGAGGUACAAGAAUUAGCUUUUGAACAAUUAAAAUGGUACAAACAAACGGUUAAUCAAUCUAUUACACAAUAUUAUGAUAAAAUUAUUGAAUUAUGUAAGAAAGUUGAUCCAGCUAUGCCUGAUUCAUUAAAAUUAAAAUAUUUAAUGGCUGGUGUAAAAGAAUCAUUAAAGUUACAUAUUGCCUUAUAUGAUCCACAAACGAUUGAAACAUUUUUAUCAUAUGCAAGAAAACUAGAAGAUACAUUAUCUUUUACUAAAACUGAUUACAUAAUACAUCAAUAUAAUGAAUCACAAGAUGUUCAUACAUUUCAGCAAUCAUUAUCACCAAUAGCUACUCCUGAAGGACAACAUGAACACAAUGAAUACAAAAAUGUUCAAUAUUCACAACAAGAACUUUUAGACACAAAGGGUGAGAAUAAUUCACGUUAUAAGAAUUCUUUUUAUUCUAGUCAAUCACGUAAUUCAACACCAAAUAAGUCUUCAAGAAUUUGUUAUACAUGUGGUACUCCUGGACAUUAUUCUCGGGAUUGUACCCGUCACCAUUUCGAGUAA